AUGGGAUCUUGUUGUAAAAAGCAGCAAGCGUUCAUAUCAGAAGCUGAACAACAAUACCUCGUUACAACGACUGAAAUGAAAUCAUUCCGAACUACUAUCGAUACUCCGGUUCAUUCAUCAGAACGUCUUCAUCAUCCAAAUGUUGAAAAUUUUCUUCUCAUUUGGUUAGAUGCGUCAUUGGACAUAAAAAGUGAUAGCGGAGAUAAAUCCAAAGAGGAAUUGCAGCGUCUUGUUAAUAAUAUCGAAAUGUUUUCUGAUUCUCGUCUGUGUAUUGACUUCAAUAAAGACAGUCAAAGACGAACAAAUCAUUUUAAUAAUCUCUGGCUCAUUAGGUGA